UCGAUAUAUCACCCUUGAAAAUCGACAUUCGAUUUUUUCUGUUUUGGUAUAAACCAUACAAUUAUUUGCAUUUAGUUGAAUGUGCCUGAAUUAUAAGAGUGCUGCCGGUUAAAGAGUUAACUACUCAUAAACUCGCGAGAUGGCUGUAUGUUUAGUAUCCUUUACUCGCCUCUCUUUAAUAAAAAAGUUACGUUUGUAGUCUUUGACUUUAUGUAUUUAUAAUCUGUGACGAUUGAUAUUGCAUUAUUCAUUUGUUGUUGUCGUUUAAUGAAUACUGUUAUUAGCGUAAUAUAAGUAUUUUCAUGAUUGAUAUUCAUCAGAUUUUCAUGUAGUGUUUGUUGCGAAAUAAUAACUAAUUGAGAGUAGCAUGUCGGGUAGAAGUGAUUUAUGGAAUCAUUUUAUUAAAAAAGACUUCGGAGGCACAUGCAAAUAUUGUCACCAGGACGUAAAAACUAAGGGAAACACAACAAACUUGCGCAAUCAUUUAUUAAGACGUCAUCCAACAAUUCAGACCGUUGUUGAUGACAUGACUUUAGACAUCGUUCCAGUUCCGGAUUUGCAAAAUGUUGAUAAUUCGGAUGCUGAAAGCGUGGCUUCUUCUUCUACCAAUGUAUCAGUCUUAAAACAGCAAACAUUGACAUCUUGCUUAACAAAUAUAAAAUCAUUUGGAGAUACUGGUAUUAAGCGUGGUCAAAUAACCAAUGCAAUAGUCUUCAUGAUCGCAAAAGAUGGGUUGCCUUUAAAUACUGUGGAAAAAACAGGAUUUCGAAAUUUAAUGAAAGUAGUGGCACCACUUUAUAAAGUUCCAGCCAGAAAAACAAUGACCCACAUGAUUGACGAUAAAUAUGACAUUCUUUCGACACAACUGAAACUAAAAAUACAAGAAGUAGAAGCACUAUCUUUAACUGCAGAUGUUUGGACUGACUCGCAUAAUAGUCAAAGCUACUUAGGCUUAACUGGUCAUUGUAUAUAUGAAAGUAAAUUAUUGAGCAUAGUUUUUGGUGUAACUGCUCUAACAGAACCACACAAUGCUGACUACUUAGCACAAGUUAUUAUCAAUAUGACGGAAAAAUGGGGCAUCACAAGUAACAAAGUGGUAGCGUUUAUCACGGACAAUGGCGCUAAUAUCGUUAAAGCUGUCACAAAUGUUUAUGGCAAAAAUAAACACAUGCCAUGUUUUGCCCAUACAUUAAACCUAGUAGCAUCAAAACCAUUUGACAAUAAGGAUGGACUGGAAGAAGCCAAGAAUUUACUAACAGCUGUCAAAGAUAUUACCACAUAUUUUAAACAUAAUACAAAUGCUGCUGAUUCUUUAAAGAAAGCUCAGGGUCAUCAAACAAAGCCUUUGGGGCUUGUUCAGUCUGUGUGUACCAGAUGGAAUUCUGUUUUUUAUCAAUUGGAACGAUUUGUUGAGUUAUCCGAAAUAAUUGCGCCAAUAUUACUCAAGUAUCCUAAAGCGCCAACAAUGCUAACUGCACAGCAGUUAGAAUUUAUAAAAGAUCUUAUAAAUAUAUUGAGACCACUAGAAGUAAUAACUAAAGAAAUAUCGGGAGAAGACUACGUUACAGCCAGUAAAAUUAUACCCAUUGUGUCUUGUCUGACUGAAACAUAUAAUACAAUGAAAAAUUCAACGGAUAUUGGUGUUAAAACAAGGACUUUAAUUGUGGACGGCUUGAAGAAAAGAUUUGGAAAUGUUGAACAAGUUCAUUUGUUAGCUGCUGCGACCAUUUUAGAUCCUAGAUUUAAAAAAAUUCAUUUUACUGACCAUGUAGCCUGUUCUCGAGCGAUAAAUAAAAUAAACACUUCAAUUUUGGAUAUUACACGACAAUCACUUCCACAAAAUAAUAGUGAGGAAGUCGACGCAAUAGAAAGCGCUGAUAAGGAUAUGAAAAACGGAAUAUGGGAUUUUCAUAAGUUGCUUGUGAAAAAGCAACUCUCUUUAUGCAAUGCACUUGCACAGGAAAAUCAAGGCUUAAAUGAAGAAUUCAAACAUUAUUUAUCGCAGGCAGUUGUGCACCUGAAGUAUGAUCCUGUACUUUACUGGCAAGAACAAAAGAGCUCCAUUUAUCAUCACGUUCACCCAAUCGCCAUGAUGUAUAUGAGUAUCGUUGGAUCAUCCGUUCCUUGUGAGCGCCUGUUUUCAAUUGCUGGAAACAUCGCAAGUGAUGAGCGUAACCGCUUGGAUCCCAAAAGGCUUGACAGACUGUUGUUUUUAAAAAGUUUAGAUAUUGAGCAUUGGGAACUAUAGUUCCCAGUUAUAAUUCCCAAUGCUUAAUAUUUAAACUUUUAACUCUUACCUUAUUUUUUACUUUUUUGCAAUCAAUAAAAACAUUCAGUAUAUAAAUACUUAUUUUUUUUUUAUAGUUGAUCUUAUAGUUUGAUACGGUAAUAAAAAUAAUUGUUAUUUUUGAA